CAUCCUUCAAUUUGAGCUCAGCCGCUGUGGGGUUUAACACUCGUAGCGUGGGGGGGUUUGUGUCGUUCCCAAAAACCUUGUAAGAGAGAAAGAAAGGAGAUCAGCUCGGAUUGUUCACCUCUUUGGGGUCAAGACCUUAACCAUCCUCAGAACUGGAUAUUUGAAACUCAAAAACUCUUCCAGUGGGGGUUUUCUUUUUCGAUUUUCUUUUCCUUUUUUUUGUUGAGGUCGCCUGAAAAAAAAACAAAAAUUAAAAAAAGAUGGGAGCCCAGUUGUCCAAGGGUGGAGUAGCUGCUGAGGGGAAAGCCGCGGCCGCCGAGCCUGCUGCUGCCAAAGCCAACGGCCAGGAGAACGGCCAUGUGAAAACCAACGGUGAUGUCUCGGCCAAGCCCGAUGGGGAAGUGGCUGCCGUGGACGGAAAUGGCACUGCCGAACCGGCCAAGGAGGGAGAAAGCAGCGCCGGAGACGCCAUCGAGCCGGCUCCGGCUGCCGAGGGCGAGGCCGCCAAAGCGGAGGGCGAGGCCUCUAAAGAGGGCAAGAAGAAGAAGAAGUUCUCCCUCAAGAAUUCCUUCAAGUUCAAGGGUAUCUCACUGAAGAAGAGCAAGAAGGGCAGUGAGGAGGGCAAGGAGGAGGCCACUUCUCCCACAACCGAGGACAAGCCCGAGGAAAACGGCCAUGCAGCCAAGGAAACCAAAGAGGAGACGCCAGCCACGGAGGCCAAAGAGGGCGAGGCUGAUGCUGCGGCCGCUGCUGCGGCCGCUGCUGCGGACGCCCCUGCUGCCCCUGCACCCGAGGGAGAGACCAAAGCUGCAGAGGAGGCCCCACCAACAGAAGCUGCCCCCGCCGAGGAGGCCGCCGCCGCCCCGGCCGAGGGCACGACACCAGCAGCCUCUGAGGGAGAGGCCAAGGCAGAGUGACUGCACCCCGCCAAGGCACCUGAACUGAUUUUUCAAGAUUAAAAUAUAUAAAUAUAUAUAUGAGAGACCCGUGCCACGUCCUCAAAGUUAUAAACAAAACUACAAAAGAAGACGACAAAGGAAUAUAUCACAUUUGCUGAUUCAACCACCAGUUCACUGCCUUUUAUUAGUUCUUCGACAGACGGAAACUCACCGGGCCCUCUCGUGAUGACAGCGUCGGCUUGUGUCGUCCCAUCCCCCUCAUGGUACACACAGGGACUGGUGUGCGGCGAAGGUAAUGGAUUGGAUGUGGAGCGAAUCAGGAAUACUGACUUAUUUUCCCAAUUCAUGGAGAAGCAUCCUUUUUAACAGCGUGGCAGCCCUAUAACAUCUUAUAUUUCUUUUCUCUUCCAUUUUGGGAUCUAAAAAUUUUUUCGCCGUUUGUGGAACGGUGCCGACCAUCGCCUUCACUCGAAAUGACUGUUAUAAGGACACAUGAAUCUUUCAAAUGAUCUUAUUAAUUUUUACAUUUCCUACAUUUUACCCCAGAAAAUUUCAAGUAUUUUGUCAUGUAUAGAAAAAGUGAAAUCAAGGAGGGGAGGCGGGAGAAGAGCUAUGUCUUUAUUCGUGCAUUUUCAUUCUUUUUCUGGCUAAAACCACAUUCAAGCUUCUUGAGUAUUGCAGUGUUCACAUUUCAGUCUGUGACGCAAGGGUUUGGGGUUGUGUACAAAAUGUGAGCUUUUUAUCUGCAAACUGUCUCUGUAAAUAUGUUUUGGCCAAUAUUUUUGGUUCUCUUUAUUUUGCUAUCAUUUGAAGAUGUUAAUGGUUUUAUUGUAACUUUUAAUAAGGGUAAAUAAAUGUUUCGAUCCCC